AUGCUACAAAAGUUUAAAGAUUAUCUUAGUCGUUGCUUCUCAAUGAAGGACUUGGGCAAGUUAAAGUAUUUUCUUGGUCUUGAAAUCAGUCGUGGGUCUGAUGGUUUCUUUUUGACACAGCGUAAGUACGCUCUUGAUAUUGUUGCUGACACUGGGGACUUUGGUUCUCGACCUGUUCACACUCCAGUGGAACAAAAUCAUCACCUCGCUACUGACGAUGGUCCUCUACUCUCGAAUCCCAAGUCGUAUCGGCGUUUAGUGGGUCGUUUGCUGUAUUUGUUACAUACUCGACCUGAGUUGAGCUACUCUGUUCAUGUCUUGGCUCAGUUUAUGCAAGAGCCACGCGAAGCACAUAUGGAGGCAGCUAUGCGUGUUGUCCGUUACUUAAGUGGCUCGCCUGGGCAUGGCAUUUUGCUUAAGUCAUCUUCUGAUUUGUCCAUUGAGGUUUAUUGUGAUUCGGAUUGGAGUUCUUGUCCGCUUACACGUCGGUCGCUUAGUGCCUAUGUUGUUAUGCUUGGUGGUAGUCCUAUUUCGUGGAAGACAAAGAAGCAGAAGACGGUUUCUCAUUCUUCUGCAGAGGCCGAGUAUCGGUCUAUGUCUGUUGCUCAUAAGGAGAUUAAGUGGCUUCGUAAGUUGUUAAAGGAGUUAGGUAUCAACAACGCUGCGCCAGCUCGCCUAUUUUGUGAUAGUAAAGCUGCUAUUUAUAUUGCUACGAAUCAUGUUUUCCAUGAGCGCACCAAGCACAUUGAAAAUGAUUGUCAUGUUGUUCGUGAUGCGGUUUGUGAAGGAGUGAUUGUCAUGCAACAUGUUCGUACGACUGAGCAACCCACCAAUAUCUUUACAAAGGCUCUUGGUCGUGAUCAGUUUCAUUACAUUCUGUCCAUGUUGGGCGUUCGUGAUCUUCACACUCCAGCGUGA